AACCGGUCCGCCGGAAAAAAAAACCAAAACCCUUCGAACCAUGUCCUUCUCGGAGCUUGGCCUACUUUGCGAUCGCCUCUCCGGGCUUCAUCUUCUUCCUCUCUUGCCGGAGAACGGCGGUCGUAGGCUUCAACGUCGCCGCCUUCCUCUCUCUUCUCCCUCACCGUCGGGCCUCACUUGCUGAGUGUGAUCCUGGAACAUCAAAUUAGUCUUUAAGGAAUUCUGUCAAUGAUGUUUCUACGUGAACAUGUUUCUACAACAACUGGGUGCAGUUCUAUAUCGAUGUUGCAAAAACAAGGAUUUCAAACAUGGCCUUCCUCUUCAUGCAGCUGUUAUCAAGAUAGGUUUCGAGUCAGACCUUUACCUUGGCAACCAUCUCAUAAACAUGUAUGCCAAGUGUGGUGUUCUUAGUGAUUCACAACAUUUAUUUGACUCUAUGCCCAACAGAAACCUUGUCUCAUGGUCAGCUAUAAUUUCCGGAUAUGUUCAGGCUGACAAACCUUUGAAGGCCAUGGAGAUUUUCUCUCAGAUGCCGCUCCAGCCUAAUGAGUACAUCUAUGCCAGUGUCAUUACUGCAUGUGCAAGUCUUUCAGCAUUGGUUCAAGGAAAACAGGUUCAUGCACAUUCACUGAAAAGUGGUUACAAGUAUAUUUCCUUUGUAUCCAAUUCACUUUUGUCGAUGUACAUGAAAUGUGGUCUCUUUGAUGACGCAUUCUCCAUUUUUAGCAACAUUUCUGCACCAAAUGCUGUCGCUUACAAUGCAAUGAUCACAGGUUUUGCAGAGAACCUACAACCAGAAAAAGGUUUGGAACUAUUCAAACUCAUGAAUCAACAGGGCCUACAACGUGAUCGGUUUUCGUUUGUUGCUGUGCUUGGAAUUUGCUGUGACAAAGAAGAUUUGGAAACAGGGCGCAGCCUUCAUUGUCAAACAAUCAAACUAGGACUUGACACAUCAGCAUUUGUCGGCAAUGUGCUUAUGACCAUAUACUCAAAAUGCGGCUCAAUUGGGUCGGUAGAGAGUGUUUUCUGGUCUAUAAAGGAGAAAGAUGUGAUAUCAUGGAAUACAUUCAUUGUUGCUUGUUCUCAUUUUGGUGACCAUGCGAAGGCCUUGAUGGUAUACAGAGAAAUGGAAAAUGCAUGUGUCAUACAUCCUGAUGACUUCACAUUGUCUGGUGUUCUCACUGCCUGCGCGGAACUUGCUUCUAUCCGUCAUGGCAGCCAGAUGCACACCCAUCUGAUCAGGAGCAAGCCAAAUUUGGACAUUGGAGUUUGCAAUGCUCUCAUCAACAUGUACGCAAAGUGUGGUGCAAUUGAACUCGCACUUCGCCUAUUUCAUUCUAUACCUAACCGGAAUCUAGUUUCGUAUAACACAAUGAUCAUGGGGCUUGGAAAUCAUGGUUGCGGGCAAACGGCUUUGGAGAUUUUCAAACAGAUGAAAACAUGGGGAUUAUCUCCGGAUUCUAUAACAUUCAUUGGGGUUUUAACUGCUUGCAGUCAUGCAGGGCUAGUGGAUGCAGGUUUGAUUUAUUUCGACUCAAUGAAAGAAACAUACGGUAUAUCUCCACAACUCGAGCAUCUGUCUUGUUUGGUUGAUAUGUUGGGGAGAGCCGGGAGAUUAGAGGUGGCGGAGCGAUACAUUGAGAUGUUUUGCUUCGGGAAUGAUUUAAUCAUUUGGGGGAGCUUGCUUUCUUCAUGCCGUCUACAUAAGAAUGUUGUCGUUGGAGAAAGGGUAGCAAAAAGACUGCUAGAGCUUCAACCGACUGUAAGUUCACCGUACGUUCUCUUGUCGAACUUGUAUGCCUUGAAUGGAAGAUGGAAUGAUGUUGCAGAAGCGAGAAAAAUGUUAAAAGGCAGCGGGGUGAAGAAAGAACCCGGCCAUAGCAUGAUUGAAAUCGAAGGCGGCACGGUGAAGUUCACCGUCGGCGAUUUCUCGCACAAACGGAUCGAAGAAGUGAGAGAAAUACUUGGAACUCUGAACUUUCAAGCUGAGGAAUUCAAUCUACAAGUGAGUAGUUCCUCUUGAUACUUGCAGACAUGUGCCAUGUCAUUUUGGGACAUAGUUUGGGUAAAAUUAAAAUUAAGUUAAUUUAUGAUAAUACAACAUCAUCUUGUCUUGUGUU